AUGAAGUGGAACCAAAUAUUGAAAUGCACUCUGCUUGCUAACGUUGCUCGAAGUGCAGCUUUCUCUCAGGAGGUGGAAGAACAAACACCUAAAAUAGUGAAACUUUCAUUUGAUAAACGUCAUGGUGAAAACUAUGAAGAAUCGUUGUUGGGCAAGAGAGAUGCAUUGCCUUUUGUAAAGAGAGAUGAUGGUGAAUACGAGUUAUCGUUAAGAAAUAGACAGAAUUUUUAUUCUGUCGACUUAGAAGUGGGAUCACCAUCUCAAAAGAUCACAGUACUGUUAGAUACCGGUUCAAGUGAUUUGUGGAUUACGGGAUCUGAUAAUCCAUACUGUAAGUCGAACUCACAUUCAUCCAAAAAGAGAGACAUUGGCGAUAAUAGUUUAGAUGACAUAUUUUCAGACAUUACUGCAGGUGGCAGUGGUGCCAUCUACAAAACUCUUACUUUGACUGGCGGCAGCAUGCCAAGUAGUUUUGGCAGUUUUGGCAGUAUUGAUGUCAGCACUGGUGGUAUUGAACCUACAGAAACCAUUAGUGGCGGUGGCGGUGGUAGUGGUGGUAGUCCUACUGGCUCGAGUUCCAGUGGUGGCCAAUCUAUUGAUUGUUCUAGAUACGGUACUUUUGACAAAAACCAGUCUAGUACUUAUAAAUCCAAUAACACUGCAUUUGAAAUUUCAUAUGGUGAUGGUUCGUUUGCAUCUGGUGAAUGGGGCAGAGACCAUAUAGAAUUAGGAUCGUUAAACAUUAGUGACGUUUCGAUGGCAGUGGCUAAUGACACAAACUCUACAGUGGGUGUCUUGGGUAUUGGACUUCCAGGUUUAGAGACCACUUAUUCAAGUGAUCAAUCAAUGGUUAGUGGUGAUCGUCACAUGUACUCCAACUUCCCCAUGGUGCUGAAAGAACGUGGUAUUACAAAGAAAAACGUCUAUUCGUUAUAUUUGAACAGUCCAGAUGCCCAUAAUGGAAGUAUUCUGUUUGGUGCUGUUGACAAAUCGAAAUUUGAUGGUAGUCUUUACACUAUACCUAUCUUAAACGUUUACAAGAGCAGAGGUGUUAGCCAACCAAUUCAAUUCGAUGUCACUUUACAAGGCCUUGGUCUGUCCAAUCAAACAAGUACAACUACUCUUUCUACAACAAAGAUUCCUGCGUUAUUAGAUUCGGGUUCUACACUGGCAUACUUACCAGAAGAUUUGCUAGAGAUGGUGGCUGACGGCCUUGGUGCUAGAUUUUCCGAAAACCUCAAUUAUUACCUUAUGGAUUGUCCCAGCAAGCAUGAUGAAACGAAGAUCGUCUUUAACUUUGGUGGAUUCAAUAUCGAAACUAAUUUAACCACUUAUACGACACCAAUUUCUUCCGACACCUGUGUAUUGAGAAUUUUGCCAUCUGGAGACUCUUCUGCAAUUUUAGGUGAUGCUUUUCUGGUUCAUGCCUAUGUCGUCUACGAUUUGGAAGAUUUCGAAAUUUCCAUGGCUCAGGCUAAUUUUGACGUAAACCAUGAAGAUAUUGAAGUUGUAAGCAGUAGUAUCCCUCAAGCAACAGCUGCUGCAGGUUAUUCAAGCACUUAUUCUUCAUCCAAGAGUAUCACUUCAGGUGGUAACAUCUUUUCAUCUGGCACCCUAUCAGGUUCAGCAUCAAACACAGCAUCUGGUAACAACAAGAGUAAAAAUAUGGCUGCAGCACCAGUACAGAUUGCACCAACUUCAUUGCUCGCUACCAUCUUUUUCGCAAUUUCUAUGUUCUUUUAA